GCACACGCCCUAUGACAAUGAAAAAAAGGUUGGCUGGGGAGAGAAGUUAAAUCACGGAAAAGAUAUGUGUUGCUGCUUAAUCUUGCACAAGACUGAAGAGAAGCAACAGUAAGAGAGAAGAGGAGAGCAGCCUUCAUAUUUUGCCGCCUGUCCUGACGAUAUGGAGCAAGCCAUUCAAACCCUCGUCACCACAUUUCUCAGUUCUGCCAAGGGCGACAACAUGAGCGGCAGUGCCUUUCAGAAGUUGGUGAAGAAUAAGCUUGGUGGCCUCAUGGAGGACACAAACUGUUCCUCGGCAGUCAAAGAAAUGCAGCGUGGGCUGGAUGAGAACAAUGACGGGAAGAUCAGCUUUCAGGAGUAUCUCACUCUGAUGGGCUACCUGGCCAACAGCGUCAGUCAGAGGAAGUUUGACACCAACCAAAGCACUUCCUAGAUAUUGGUGAACAUGUUGACUCAACAGAUUGACAGCCUUUUUAUGCUUUCUUUAGAGUAUCUUUCAUCAUGUCCAAGUACCCAUUAAAUCAUGUCUACAGUUUCCACCAAAAACCAAUACUCUUUUUUUUAAAUGCAUAAUGCCCAUCUAAUGUCUGUCCAGCUUUUUUUUCACAUAUUGAUCUCCACUGUUGAAUCUAUAUUGAAGGAGUGUUUUUAUACCAGUUAUGCAGUACAAACUGUAUUUUCAAAUAAAGACGUUGUAUAAAAUAA